CCGCUGAGGAUCGAUUAACGGUUGUCGAAGUUAAUAUUAAAUAAAGCCUUCAGAAAAAAGUGAGUUCGUAACUUUGGUGCAGAUUGAUUUCACAAACAAAAGAGGAGAGGAACACAAAGGCUGCAAAAUAAGAUCUAAAAGAGCGCGAGACUGGGCUUGCAGAAGAAUGCUGAGGCGCUGGGGCUCUUCAGACGGCCGUUCUGCACGCUGGUCCAGAUUCCAAAACGAGCCAACCCUCCCUGAAAGCACAAAGCUAGUAUAGCAAAUUUUGACCCCAUCUUGUUUAUGCCUGGAGCGCACAUAGGAAAAGAUGUCUUAUUUACUUAAUAGAGUUCAGGCAUGUUGUUUUUCAAAGCAAAAGCAUGGAAUAGGAGAAUUAUUAAUUAAAGCAGAUAUGCUGAAAAAAAUCUUCAGUGUCCAAAAACUGAAAACUACUCAUUCAUUUUCUCAAAAUAGUUCAAGGGACGUGGACAGUUUUACUUAUGUAAUUGUUGGAGCUGGAUCUGCUGGAUGUGUGUUAGCCAACCGACUGACUGAAGAUCAUGACAACACUGUUAAGCUACUAGAAGCAGGACCAAAAGAUACGCUCUUUCACAGCAAACGAUUAUUGUGGAAGAUUCACAUGCCUGCUGCAUUAACCUACAAUCUCUGUGAUGAGAGAUAUAAUUGGUAUUACCAUACAACCCCACAAAAGCACAUGGAUAAUCGAAUUAUGUACUGGCCCAGAGGAAGAGUGUGGGGUGGCUCUUCAUCCCUCAAUGCCAUGGUAUAUAUUCGGGGCCAUGCAGAAGAUUAUAACAGGUGGAGUAAGGAAGGGGCUGUUGGAUGGGAUUAUGAAUUUUGUUUACCUUAUUUCAAGAAAGCACAAACUCAUGAGCUGGGUGCUGAUCUUUAUCGAGGUGGGAAUGGUCCACUUCAUGUGUCCAGGGGAAAAACUAACAAUCCCCUUCACCAUGCAUUCUUGGAUGCAGCCCAGCAGGCUGGAUAUCCUUUCACAGAUGAUAUGAAUGGUUUUCAGCAAGAAGGCUUUGGCUGGAUGGAUAUGACCAUACACCAAGGUCAAAGAUGGAACACAGCCAGUGCUUACCUUCGUCCUGCUUUAUCGCGUCCAAACAUGUCAGCAGAGGAAAAUACACUUGUAACAAAAAUUUUAUUUGAAGGGACAAAAGCCAUCGGCAUCGAGUAUGUUAAAGAUGGGGAAAAGAGAAGGGUUUUUGCCAAUAAGGAAGUUAUUUUAAGUGCAGGUGCUAUAAAUUCCCCACAGUUGCUUAUGCUGUCUGGAGUUGGCAAUGCAAGUGACCUCAAAAAAUUAGGAAUCUCUGUUGUUUGUCAUCUUUCAGGAGUUGGCCAAAAUCUUCAAGACCAUUUAGAAGUGUAUAUACAACAGAAGUGCACUCAGCCUCUAACUCUCUAUAAAGCACAGAAACCUCUUAAUAUGAUAAAGAUUGGUCUUGAAUGGUUGUGGAAAUUUACUGGUGAUGGUGCCACUGCUCAUUUAGAAACUGGGGGAUUUAUCAGAAGUCGAGCAGGAGUUCCUCAUCCAGAUAUUCAGUUCCACUUCCUUCCUUCUCAGGUGAUUGACCAUGGACGUACUGCUUCUCAGCUGGAAGCAUACCAGGUUCAUAUUGGUCCCAUGAGGAGUACAAGUGUGGGGUGGCUGAAGCUGAAAAGUUCGGACCCCAGGGAUCAUCCCAUCCUUGAAGCAAACUAUUUGUCAACAGAAACAGACAUCUUUGAAUUCCGCCAGUGUGUCAAGUUAGCUAGAGAGAUAUUUGCUCAGAAGCCCUUUGAACAGUACCGUGGGCCUGAAAUUCAACCAGGAAGCCAUGUGCAAUCUGAUGAAGAGAUAGAUGCUUUCAUAAGGCAAAAAGCAGACAGUGCCUAUCAUCCUUCAUGCACUUGUAAAAUGGGACAGAGUUCUGAUUCUACAGCUGUGGUGGAUCCUCAGACAAAAGUUAUAGGAACAGAAAAUCUGAGAGUUGUUGAUGCCUCAAUAAUGCCAAGUAUUGUUAGUGGGAAUUUAAAUGCCCCAACCAUCAUGGUAGCAGAGAAAGCUGCUGAUAUAAUCAAGGGACUCCCAUCUCUUCAAGAGAAAAAUGUUCCUGUAUAUAAACCCAAGACUGUGGAAACUCAGCGGUAAAGUUCCCAUUGCUUUCACUAGGUAGAAUUUUGGUUUCAGGUAGAAUUCUCAUCCUAUACUUGGUCUUGAGAAUAAGAAUUUUAAAAUGUGCCCACUGAUAUGUUAACAAUAUGAAAUUCCCUUCCACAACACUCUUUAGUUUCAGGCAAAAAAAAAAGCUGUGUUAUAAAAGCAAUUAAGCUGUAUCUUUCAGUAAGAGCAGGUAAGCGUGCUAUCCAAGAAGACUGAGAGUACCAGUAUGAUAUAGUUAAUUUCAGUGUAUGCAGAACUGGAGGGAAGUAAUUCACUUCAACUCUUGAACAAUUCUGCAAGUACUUAAAGCACUACUCAAAGCUAAAUAAUGGAAAUUAGUCCUUAAAAAAUACAAACUGGGAUUUUGAUGGGAGUUAGUCCCAACAAACUUGUUCUGGAUUGUGUCCCAUGUUCCCCCUUUAUUAAAUGAUACUUUUGAUAUUGGCCUGUGGGCAUAAUGCUUUUGGUUCUGAACUCUGCACUUUACGGCCUGAUAAUUUACUUAAAUGUAAUGAAUAAUUCAGGUUAAACAAAUAUACCUAAAAGUAAUAUGAUCCCUUAACAAUUUUUAUGUAUGUCAGUGAAUUACAUAUACAGAGGACCAGGUAAUAGCUGAAUGCCGAGUUUUAACUGAACCCUGUAUUUUAAUAAAAUCAGCAUACUUUUAUGAUUAUUUGAUUCUCAUUUUAAAACUAGGAAGAAACUGAAAUAUUACUCGGAAACGUUACCAGUGAAGCUUCUAUUCAGCAGACUCAUAUGCACAAAUCUCUGCACAGGACUUGAUAAUAGUCUUUCACAAAGAUACAAUAAUGUCUUUAACUUCCAUCAAACCAGAUUUUACAUGACUGAGAAGUACAUUCAAGGAUAUAGUAAAUUAAAAGCAAGGAAAAUGCAUCUAGAUAUAACUAGACCUUGCCCGGUUUUAUUCAUUAUCUCAAAUUGCCAAACAUUACUCCUUGCUAGUCUGAAAGGAAAGCCUAGCCAUUAUUACUUUCUAGAAUAAACCCACCACUCCCUGACUACCAAAUGUGCAAGGGAUCCCCAACUUCUGUCACAGAACACAGAGAAGUAGGGAAUAUCUUUUUUUCUAAGUUUGCUAUUACUGAAGGGACCUCCUGCUUCAUGGAGAUUUCAGGCUAUUACAACCUCAGGGUCUGGCACAGCAGUGGCCUCUAGAUGAGGUUGUUAUGUCAGAGUAAGAAAUCUAAUGUUUUACUUUUCACAUUUGUUCAUUCUUCAAGCAUUCAGGAUGGGACACAUAUAACUUAUGAAUAAAGAAUCCUGUAAAAACAUUUUUUAAAGCCAGUAUAAUUAUUUGAAAUUCCAGUUUUUAUUUCUAUAACCCGUUAGAGCUGAUAGUUUAAUCAUCUAUAUAAUAUAUAUGUGUAACAAAGGCUGCUAUGAGAGGACUUUUAGUUGUUUACAGCUGUGAAUGUUUGUGAUUUUUUUAAGUAUUACUUUACUUUAAGAAAUGUUCUAAGAGCAGCCUGCUUUUUAAUAGUUUUUAGCCCAUUCUC